UCCGCGCGCGUCCCCGACCCGGGGUGCGAGCCGAGGGGCACUGAGGGGCCGGGGCGAGGAGUGCGAAGGGCUGGAUGCCGCGGCCGUGCUACCCGCCGGCCUUCCGAGGCCGGUCCUCAUGCCAAGUUCAGGCGCCUGAGAAAAGUUUUUCAGAAAGGAGGGAAAAGAAUGUCACGUCCUGCCCAAGAAAUGAGCAGUCCUGUGACCCGCAAAAUGACUCCAGCUCCCACUUCCAUUCCAGCUCCAUUCUAGGCAUUCCCCGUGCGUGGGAGCCCGAGUUCUCGGCGCAGAGCGGAGCCGACCGGCGAGGGCGUGUGGCGGGGCCCUGCCUGGCUCCUUCGGCUCCCCUGGGCCCGCCUCGCGUCCCUGAGUCCCGGGCGCUCUCCUCUCGGCGGGAUUCCUCUCCUUCUGGGCAGCCCUGGGACUUGCGCCCUCGCCUCCCAGGUGGCAGAGGGGCGGCCCGCAGAGCGAGGUGGGAUGCGCCCCUUCCUUGCGGGCCGCGGGAGGAGGCGGCCCUCUGGACCACUGCGCCUCGGACCCCCACCCGGCGAGGCGCGGACGCGGGGCCCAGCCUGCCUUGGCCCAGCGCGGGGAAAUCCGCAGGAGGGCGCGAGGAGUGGCGGACCCCCCUCACUCCAGCCCCGCGAGGCUACACCGAGCUGCAGACGCCAACGGGCGCCGGCCCCGCGGAAGCCCGACGUCCGCAGGCGGCCGGAUUUGGGAACGACUUUUUCACGGUCCCACGAGUUCCCUGAUACCCCGGAGGGUGGGGGGUUGAGUUUGUUUGUCUUUAGGAGGUGGUAAGAAGAAGCGGAAGAACCCCUGGGACACAAACUGCCAUUUCCCUCGCCCCCCUUCUCUCCUUUUCCGCGAAGUCCGUUAAACCGAAGAUGCCCGCAGCUUUCGUCUCCGGGCGAACCCAGGGUGGGAAACGGAGGGGGUCGGAGUUCCGCCUCUGGAAUCACAUUUUUCGUUUUCUAACCCUUUCUCUCCGGCUUCUGAGUAUCCUCUUCUGUAGGCCCCGCCACCUCCUUCCCUUGGGAUCCCACCAAAGUUGUAGCUGGGAGAGAGUCCAGGCCACACAAAGGGGAAGACCCGGAGCCUGGGCCGGGGUUAGGACGAGGGGGCGGAGAGGACUUGAGGGGGGAGGCACCGUGUUUUUCUCUGGUCCUUGUAAUUAAGGACUCACUGGACUGUCUGUAGCCGACUCGAAUUGGCAGCAAAAUCGCCGGGGGGAGGGGUUUUCUAGUGUGAGUGGGGCUCACUCCCCUUGCUCUCCUGCACACUCCCAAGCGGGGCUGGGCUCCUCUUACCCCGUGGGCAGAGAGGCCGUCUCUCCUCCCCCCUACCCCGCUCCUCUGUUCUUGCGGGGGGUGGGCGCCUCGCCCCCCACGCAGUUGAGGAGACGGCGCCCGAUGCAGAAGGAAGUGUUGACGGGGAUAAAACAAGUUUGCUCCUAAACUAAACCCAAACCAAGCAAAGCCACCAGGAGGGGAAAAACCGACAGCAAUCCAGCCAGCCCCUAGCGAUUGUUUUCACGGUCGGAAUUAAAUCACAUCAAAACGCCCCCUGAAACCCACAUCCUGAAGGAGUGAACCUGCAACAGUCAACCUCCAGUCGUUCGCUCGAGUUCACACGAACAACUUGCCUCUACAUCCGAGGGAAGGGGGCGGCGAGCGGCGGGUGCCUCUCCCGCACCGCACCCACCACAUCCCGGACCCGGGAUCCCACUCGCACCCGUAGAGGCGGCUGCUUAUGUUAAUAGCAGCCCCCACACGAAUUAGAAAAGACCGCCCGGUGACAGAAUUGUGUUUGCCAGAAACUACAAUGAAUCCGUAAGGGAGAGGAGGAACGUCUUCCCGGGGUUACUUUGCACCUCCUGCGUCCUUCCGCGUCCUCCUGCUUUUUCCGAAAGACAGACUUCAAGUGGAAAUGUCAACCUCUCUCCAAAACGAAGCUUUAUAAAUCUGGGGCGCAUGUUUUUUAGUAAAGCCCCUUAUAAGUGCUGCUUAUCAGAAGAUUUACAAUAAUCCUAAAGACAAUCAGCCAACACCGGUUAUACUACUGUAAAGAAAUCAGCCACGCAAAUACAGCAAGGUGCUGGGUGAUUUCGUUAGAAACAAUGUUUUCAAUGGACAGAGUCACAGUAAAAUACCAAACACAGCCACCUACCCUUGGCCCUUCAGAUAAACAGUUUCCACUAGUUAUUGUAAAAAUUCCCAUCUUCUUGAACUCCUGAUCUUCAGGACACCUGGAGCAUGGGCUCCAAAUGACUCGGGGAAUCCAGAGAGUUAGCAUGAAGGAGAAAAUGGGAUCCGAAUUAGUUUCAGCACUUAAACAGGGGGGAUGCAAGAGUCGUCAUUUAAUCUCCUUUUAGUUUCCAGAAACUCCCCCCUGGCAGUUCUGUGUUUCCCCUCCCCCUCCUAAGGGUUUGAUGAAAAGGAUCCUCUACUCUGCUUUGGUGAAGCUGCAUUUUCCAGUUCUUUUCCUAUUGGUCAAAUUGGUGCAGUUUAUGAGAGGACUUUUGACUUUGUUUUCCCUUAUGUCUUUUAAGAAUGGGGCUAUAAAUGUCUGACACAGCUACAUGUUCACUUCUCUGGGACGCUCACUCGCACUGGUACCUAACUUUAAGAGAAGUGACAUACCACCAUCAUCCAAAAACAAAAAUUGGAUUUCUCACACACUGUAGCAGAAUAUACUCUUUUUCUUCUCUUGGGGCACAGCAUUGUCAGUUAUUAAAAAAGGAUUUAAUGUUUUACUUUUCCUGGCUUCCUUUAACAAUCCCUUAAUUUCACCCCAACUCCCAGAUAAAAUUUACAUGUGACUACUGGCCAUGUUCUAGGGACCAACUAGAGCCUUCAUAAAGUUUAAAAAUUGCUUCCUAGUAAAUUCUCAUUCCCAAGAAGAAGUAGUUAUUAGUAGGUGAAGUUUUAAAUGCUCUCUUAGAUAUAGGAUUGUUAAAAAUCUUUACCCAUUCAAUGUCCAGCAGCCUGAAAUUUCACCUUUAGGAAAAAAAGAGGGAUCUUUGCCUGACCAUUUAUAAAAUAGAGCAAAAUCUGAUUCUGUAAUGUUUUCUUUAUUUUCAAUUUAAGGGCGAUAAAGAUACAUUUCUUUAUGUCCUUUGUUUACUGUUCUGAAGUUUUACAGAUGGCUACUGUAUUGGAUAUAAUAAUUUUGCCUAGAUUUUUAACUGAGGGGGGUUGAGAACCAAGGGACAAAAUGUUUUCAAACUUCAGCUUCCCUUCUCUUGUAACUUUCACAGAGUACCUCUUGAAAACUCCUGUCCUUGUACAAAAUGCAUCAAAGAGACAGUGGAGACUGGGGAAUUUUUGAGGUUGUAUUCGGAUUUGCAUCUUCAAGGGUCCCUUUCAGCUUGCAGUCCAAGGUGCCAGGGACUGCCCCAUCCUCCCCCCCUCUUCUGGCUUUGCUGUCCUGAGUCUUUGCCUUCUCUUCCCCCUUCUUGGAUUAUCUUUUCAUUCUCUGUGAGGUUCCCACACAUUGCGGCGUGUCUCUGAAAACCCACGAGAGACCUAGCAUAACUCUCCGUACAUCCCGUGGUGAGGACAGAAUGAAAGAGAUACUGUUUAAAAAGCAAUAAUUAAGAUCCAGUCUUCAGUUCCUUCUUCCUCGUCAUAUGUUUUUCUCGGUAAGCCUGGAGAUUUUAUUUUUCUCUAGCGUGUUCCCUUGUUUCCAAAGAGUGUGUGAUAUUAUAUUCGGGAAAGCCACAACUCUCUUUUCCUUGUUCUUCUGUUCUCUCUUAUUAGUUGAGCAAUGUCUGUUAUAUUUUCGCCUUUUCCUUCUUUUCCCCAGUCCCGAAUUCCCGCCUCUCCUCUCUGUCAGAGCAUCUAUCAAUGUGGUGUCGAUCACAGCGGCGGCGGCUUUCUCUUUCAUCUUCCUCCCCCUGCCACAGCGAGGGAGGGAGAGUGGGAGGCGUCAAGGAGGUAGGGGAGAGACUGGCAGAGGAAAAGGAGUGGGUGGGUGAGGGCCAAGAAAAUAGAUACUUAGAUGGUGAAGUUAAGCCAUUCCGCCAAUGUUUCUUGUCAAUUUCACGCGGGCAAAGCUUGCCUCUCGGUGGGUUAUAAGCAGCGCCCGGUCCUUCUCUCGCCAAGUUGCUUGAUCUUUCCCUCCAGGCGCGCGAUCGCGCGCUCGGGCGCGCGCGCGCGCACACACACACACACACACACACACUCACUCACUCACUCACACACCCCAAAACCAAGACUCGUCCUACAGGAUCUGGGAAAAGAAAAAGAAAAAAAAAAAGCCCUCAAUCACCACCUCCUUCUCGCCGGCUCCCUCUUACCACCCCCCCUCCGCCUCCCCUCCAGCGGGCAGCCAAGGAGAGUUGGAGGCGGGGGAGGGGAGAGGGAGGAGAAGCGACGCAAGUGGGUAGCUUUUCAGCGCCGGCGAGGCGCGGGAGGAGGAGAAGCGGUGGGGAGGCGCAGCCGCUCACCUGCGGGGCAGGGCGCGGAGGAGGGACCCGGGCUGCGGGCUCUUGGGCCAAGGAACCCGGACGCGCCCGGAGCCUCGCACACGGCCAAGCUCGGGGCGUCCCCUCCCCUCAGCUGGGCGAACCCAAGGGGCGCAGCUCUUUGCUUUGAUAGAGCUAGCUGGCGGAGGCGUGCAGAGCCGCGAGCCGGUGAGCCAGGCUGAGAAACUCGAGCUGGGAACAAAGAGGGUCGGGCUGAGUGUGUCUGUCGGCUCGAGCUCCGGGCAGAAGCUUUUGGGCCCGAGGCCCCUGCUGUGACUCCCGGAGACUCCGUUGUGCCCUCCACUACGGAGUCCCGGUGCUCCCCGGCAAAAACUUUAUUCUUGGCAAACUUCUCUUUCUCUUCCCGUCGUCUACGGCCCCCACCUUCUCCUCCUCCUCCUCCUCUAGCAGAUUAAAUGAACCUCGAGAAGGAAAACCGAAGCAAAAAGGAAGAAAAUAAGAAGCUCUAAAACGGACAUCUCCAGUGUGGGUGGCUCUUUUUCUUUUUUUUCCCCACCCUUCAGGAAGUGGACAUUUCGUUAUCUUCUGAUCCUUGCACCUUCUUUGCUGGGACAAACGGCCUUUUUGCCCAGAUCCCCUCUCUUUUUCUCGGAAAACAAACUACUAAGUCGGCAUCCGGGGUAACUACAGUGGAGAGGUUUCCGCGGAGACGCGCCGCCAGACCCUCCUCUGCACUUUGGAUAGUCGCACUCCCUCAAGAACCGGCGUCCUCCGCGCGCAAAUCCCGGCGACGCGGGGGGCGUGGGGUGGCCGCCGGGGCAGCCUAGCCUAGCCCGCGCCUCGCAGACGCCCCCGGAGGCGCCAGCUACUGCGGCCCUCGCCGCCCAGUGCCCUUCGGCCUCGGGGGCGGGCGCCGGCGUAGGUCUCCGAGAAGCGGGAAAGCGCGGCGGCCGCCGGGAUUCGGGCGCCGCGGCAGCUGCGGCCGGCGGCCCCGCGUUCGCCCGCCCUGCUUCCGCCCGCGGUCUUCCCGCACGAACCCUUCCAACUUUCCUCUCCUCCUCCACCCUUGAGUUACCCCCCUGUCUUUCCUGCUGUCGCCGCGGGUGCUCCCACCGCGGAGCGGAGAUUACAGAGCCGUCGGGAUGCCUCAACUCUCCGGGGGAGGUGGCGGCGGCGGGGGGGACCCGGAACUCUGCGCCACGGACGAGAUGAUCCCCUUCAAGGACGAGGGCGAUCCUCAGAAGGAGAAGAUCUUCGCCGAGAUCAGCCACCCCGAAGAGGAAGGCGAUUUAGCUGACAUCAAGUCCUCCUUGGUGAACGAGUCUGAAAUCAUCCCUACCAGCAAUGGACACGAGGUGGCCAGACAAGCACAAACCUCUCAGGAGCCCUACCACGACAAGGCCAGAGAACAUCCCGAUGACGGAAAGCAUCCAGAUGGAGGCCUCUACAACAAGGGACCCUCCUACUCGAGUUAUUCCGGGUACAUAAUGAUGCCAAAUAUGAAUAAUGACCCAUACAUGUCAAAUGGAUCGCUUUCUCCACCUAUCCCAAGAACAUCAAAUAAAGUGCCCGUGGUGCAGCCAUCCCAUGCGGUCCAUCCUCUCACUCCCCUCAUCACUUACAGCGACGAGCACUUUUCUCCAGGAUCACACCCAUCACACAUCCCAUCAGAUGUCAACUCCAAACAAGGCAUGUCCCGACAUCCUCCAGCUCCUGAUAUCCCUACUUUUUAUCCCCUGUCUCCUGGUGGUGUUGGACAAAUCACCCCACCUCUUGGCUGGCAAGGUCAGCCUGUAUAUCCCAUCACGGGUGGAUUCAGGCAACCCUACCCAUCCUCACUGUCAGUCGACACUUCCAUGUCCAGGUUUUCCCAUCAUAUGAUUCCCGGUCCUCCUGGUCCCCACACAACUGGCAUCCCUCAUCCAGCUAUUGUAACACCUCAGGUCAAACAAGAACAUCCCCACACGGACAGUGACCUAAUGCACGUGAAGCCUCAGCAUGAACAGAGAAAGGAGCAGGAGCCAAAAAGACCUCACAUUAAGAAGCCUCUGAAUGCUUUUAUGUUAUACAUGAAAGAAAUGAGAGCGAAUGUCGUCGCUGAGUGUACUCUAAAAGAAAGUGCAGCUAUCAACCAGAUUCUCGGCAGAAGGUGGCAUGCCCUCUCCCGUGAAGAGCAGGCUAAAUAUUAUGAACUAGCACGGAAAGAAAGACAGCUACAUAUGCAGCUUUAUCCAGGCUGGUCUGCAAGAGACAAUUAUGGUAAGAAAAAGAAGAGGAAGAGAGAGAAACUACAGGAAUCUACAUCAGGUGGAAAACGAAGCUCAUUCCCGACAUGCAAAGCCAAGGCAGCGACCCCAGGACCUCUUCUGGAGAUGGAAGCUUGUUGAAAACCCAGACUGUCUCCACGGCCUGCCUAGUCGACCCCUAAGGAACACUGACACCAACUUUACCCUGUGGCCACUGCUAGAGACGCUGAUCCAUAAAGACAAUCACUGCCAAACCCCCUUUUGUCUACUGCGAGAGCCAAGUUCCAAAAUAAAGCAUAAAAAGAUUUUUUAAAAGGAAAUGUAAAAGCACAUGAGAAGCUAGCAGGCUGUGGGGCAGCUGAGCAGCGCUUCUCCCCUCAUUCUGUGUGCACUUCCCAGAGCAUCUUGCAUCCAAACCGGUAACCUUUCGGCAAGGACAGUAACUUGGCUGCAUUUGCCUGCCAUGCGCAACUGGAGCCAGCAACCAGCACAUCCAUCAGCACCCCAGUGGAGGAGUUCGUGGAAGAGUUCCCUCUUUGUUUCUGUCUUCAUUUUUCUCUCUCUUCUUUUCUCCUACAGCUUUUAUUUAACAGUGCAAAAGGAUCAGUUUUUUUUGUUUGUUUGCUUUUUUUUAAACUUGAAUUUUUUAAAUUUACACUUUUUAGUUUUAAUUUUCUUGUAUAUUUUGCUAGCUAUGAGCUUUUAAAUAAAAUUCAAAGGUCUGGAAAAGUUUGAAAUAAUGAAAUAAAAAGAAGCCUUUUUCUGAGAUAGCUUGUCCAAUAAGUGGCUUCUCUGUGAAUUGCCUGUAACAAAUAGUGGCUUCUCCGUCCUUGUAAGAUGUUUGAUAGAGCUAAAUAAAUGUAAUAGCCAAAUCUACUCUGUUGGUAACCAUUGGCAGCCCUGUUUCAGUUUAUUUUUUCUUCUGUUUUCUUAUCUUUUUUUAAACAGUAAACCUUAACAGAUGCAUUCAGCAGACUGGUUUGCAGUGAAUUUUCAUUUCUUUCCUUCUUACCCCCUUGUUGUAAAAAGCCCAGCACUUGAAUUGUUACUACUUUAAAUGUUCUGUAUUUGUAUAUGUUUUUAUUAGCCAAUUAGUGGGAUUUUAUGCCAGUUGUUAAAAUGAGCAUCGAUGUACCCAUUUUUUUUUAAAUAGCAAGGCACAGCCUUUGCCCACAACUGUCAUCUAAUGUUUGUCAUUCCAGUUUGAGUUAACGUGCUGAGCAUUUUUUAAAAGAAGCUUUGUAAUAAAACAUUCUUAAAAAGUA